AUGAAUCCUAUCUUACAACGUUUUCUCAAUAAAAAUAAUCUUAAACUUAGUUGUAUUUAUAAUAAUUUCUUUGUUAUUCGCUUGAAAUGGUAUUAUGAAUCAAAACAAGUUAAAAGUUUUGUUCAUGAAUUAAUUCAAGAUAAUUUCAUGCUUCGAGAAUAUAUUGGUGAUGGAUGUGCUCAUUCAGCAAUGCUUGAAAUUGAUAAUCAAGGUACAGUAGCAUGUCUAGGCAUGCAUCAAACCCAAACCGUUUGGGUUUGGUGAGUUUGGGUAUUGAGUUUUGGUUUGGGUUUGGGUUUGGGUUUGGGUAGGGUUUAGGUAUGAGUUUGGGUUUAAAUUUGAUUAUGGUCCAUAUAUCUAAGCUUUUGAUAUACGACUGUUGAUCAAACUCAAACUCAUACCCAAACCCAAAUUCAAACCCAAACUCAAACCCAAACCCAAACUCAAACUCAAACUCAAUACAAAGCACCAAAACGAAAACUAUUUAGGGCUAGUGCAUGUCUAGUUGCGACAUCAGACCCAAACACAUAGCCAAACCCAAACUCGAUACACAAACCCAAACCCAAACUCCCAAGCAGUUUGGGUUUGGGUUUGGUGCAUGCCUAAGCAUGUCUGAUGAAUAUUCCCUAUGGUCAUAAUUUUCAUCUGAUGUUAAGAGGUUCUGCAUAUUAUAUGUUCUAUUUUGUUGAUGGAUUUUGGGAAGAAAUGUUCAAUUCUUGUCAGCAAUUGACUGUUAUUGAUGGAAAAUUUCGUCAAUCUAAACUAAUAAGAAUACCUGUAUGAAGAAUCAAUUCAAAAUAGAAAAUCUUCUAAGUUUCGCAAUACUUUAUAUUUAUAUUACAAUGAUAUUUUUGUAUUAUAUCUAUUGAUGUUAAACAAAGAAAUCGAGAAAUUUAAUCGAAGUGAAAAAAAAAUCUUUUUUUUUUGAAACAACAAAAUUAAAACAGUCAUGUUCAAUCCUUUAGAUGAUUUGAUAACAAGAUAUCUUCAGGGUUUUUACAACCAAAUGAAAAGUACAAGAUAUUCGAAAAGUUAUCUACUGAAAAGUAUUUUGAAUAACUCAACUAUGUUGUUAUCAAAUUAGUUUCUUGUGAUCGAAGACAGUUUCAAGUUUGUAUUGUUAUGAGUAGGAGUCAACAAGCUCAGCUCACGCUCAAAAAUGAUGAGCUGUUGAAAAAGCUCA